UAGGAAGAGAUGAAAUGAACUUUGCACUUGCAAAUGUCACUGAAUACAUUUUGAACAGGAUUUUAAAAGGUUCUCUUGCAAGCACUAUUUUUAACAGCCAAAUCCGCCCCCCAAAACAGAAAGGAAAAAGCCCUAGGUAUUUUUCUGUCAUCGAUCUGAGUUUCUGAUCAGCUGAAGCAUCUCUCACAACAUUUACCUGAAGCCGGUUUUAUUUUAUGUUUUUAUCAUUCGAGUUGAGAUUUUUGGAGGUGGUGUGGAUUUUUUGGGAAUGAAUAUUUUUUUUUUUUUCUGGCAUGAAAAAUUUUGAGAAUUUAAUUGCAGUAGAAUACUUGGAAACAGUGAGGCUGGAAGCUUGAAAGGCAGAGGGAAGAGAAGGAAGGCUCUCACAGCAGAGCAUGGAUAGGAAAGGAGCUGUGAUUCUGCAGUGCUCAGUGUGCACAUGUUUUAUGAGAUCAGUGCCGGGCGCUGCAGCUGCGGACAGUAACUGAGCUGUCUGGCUAAUGAAGGCCACCUGGAUCAGGCUUCUGAAAAGAGCCAAAGGAGGACGUCUGAAGAAUUCUGAUAUCUGUGGUUCGGCGGACUCCUACACCAGCCGUCCAUCUGAUUCAGAUGUAUCUCUGGAAGAAGAUAGGGAAGCAGUGCGGAGAGAGGCAGAGCGACAGGCCCAGGCACAGCUUGAGAAAGCAAAGUCAAAACCUGUUGCAUUUGCAGUUCGGACAAAUGUUGGGUACAGUGCAGCUCAUGAUGACGAUGUUCCAGUCCCAGGCAUGGCCAUCUCAUUUGAGGCUAAAGAUUUUCUUCAUGUUAAAGAAAAAUUUAAUAAUGACUGGUGGAUAGGACGAUUGGUAAAAGAAGGCUGUGAAAUAGGAUUCAUACCAAGUCCAGUCAAACUAGAAAACAUGAGGCUGCAGCAUGAACAAAAGGCAAAACAAGGAAAAUUCUACUCCAGUAAAUCAGGAGGAAACUCUUCAUCCAGUUUGGGUGACAUCGUUCCUAGUUCCAGAAAAUCGACGCCUCCAUCAUCUGCUAUAGACAUAGAUGCCACUGGCUUAGAUGCAGAAGAAAAUGAUAUUCCAGCAAACCAUCGCUCCCCCAAACCCAGUGCAAACAGUGUAACAUCACCCCACUCCAAAGAGAAAAGAAUGCCCUUCUUUAAGAAGACAGAGCACAUCCCUCCUUAUGAUGUAGUGCCUUCUAUGCGACCAGUAGUUUUAGUGGGGCCUUCUCUGAAGGGAUAUGAGGUAACAGAUAUGAUGCAAAAAGCAUUAUUUGAUUUUUUAAAACAUAGAUUCGAAGGGCGUAUAUCAAUUACACGAGUCACAGCAGACAUCUCGCUUGCCAAACGCUCAGUGUUAAACAAUCCCAGUAAGCACGCGAUAAUAGAGCGAUCCAACACGAGAUCAAGCUUAGAUGUUUUAGCUGAAGUUCAAAGUGAAAUUGAACGGAUUUUUGAAUUAGCAAGGACACUGCAGUUAGUAGUGCUUGAUGCUGAUACCAUUAACCACCCAGCUCAACUAAGCAAAACCUCUCUGGCUCCCAUUAUAGUAUACGUAAAGAUUUCUUCUCCUAAAGUUUUACAGAGGUUGAUAAAAUCUCGAGGGAAAUCUCAGGCCAAACACCUUAAUGUUCAGAUGGUGGCAGCUGAUAAACUGGCACAGUGUCCUCCCGAAAUGUUCGAUGUAAUUCUUGAUGAGAACCAGCUUGAAGAUGCUUGUGAACACCUUGCUGACUAUCUGGAAGCCUACUGGAAGGCUACACAUCCACCUAGCAGCAAUCCUCCUAACCAGCUUCUCACUCGCACACUUGCAACAGCCACUCUUCCUAUUAGCCCAGGUCCAAAUAUUAAUUUACAGCAGGGAUCUCAAGGAGACCAGAGGAAUGACCAUUCGGUCCCUGAACGCAGUGGUUCACAAAUUGAAGAGGAAGCACGAGUUGAACCCAUCAAGAAGUCCCAGCACCGCUCUUCCUCAAGCCAACACCACAACCAUCGCAGUGGUGGUAGAGGCCUUCACAGGCAAGAAACUUUUGACUCAGAAACACAAGACAGCAGAGAUUCAGCUUAUGUAGAGCCAAAGGAGGACUACUCACAUGACCACGGUGACCACUAUGAUUCUCACAGGGAUCAUAAUCACAGAGACGAGUCCCAUGGGAGCAGUGAUCACAGACACAGAGAAUCAAGGCAUCGCUCAAAGGAGAGGGACCGCGAGCAGGACCACAAUGAAUGCAACAAACAGCGUAGUCGUCAUAAAUCAAGGGACCAAUAUUGUGACAAGGAUGGGGAAGUGAUAUCGAAAAAACGUAAUGAUGCGGGAGAGUGGAACAGGGAUGUUUACAUCCGUCAGUAACUUUUGCCUCUGGCAGUCUUGUGUUUCUUUGAAGUCUUGUAACAAUGGCCCUUGAAAAUAUCUUUGGGUUCUUCAUUGCAGAACACAUGGUAUCCUUCUGUAUGCUGAUUUGUAUUGCUGUUGCUUGCAUAGCAAUAGCAUGAAAUAGAAUAUUCAUAUACUUAUUUUUUUGGUUAGUGCUAUAUGAAUUAGUGUGGUACAACUGAAGAGUUCCUGAUGUUGUACUAUGACAUUUUUCAAGCUGUUUUUGGUAGCUGCCACUUGAACAAUAUCUGUUGCCAUCAAGGUGUUGUUAGUGUUUUUUAAAAAAAAGGUACAUUUGAUGUUUAAUAACUUCCCGUGUAUUCAGCAAGCCAAGAUCAGCACAUAAAAGAAUCUAAAACUUUUUGUCUGCUCUGAUUUUUAAUUUGUAUGCACUUGAUUUGCAUAUUGAUUUAAGCACCACUCUGUCGCUUGUACCUCUGGUGGUCUCCAUAUGAAGACAGAAUUGUCUUGCCUUACACACAGGGGAUCAUGGAGUCAAAAUCUAUUUUCUAUGUACUGGUACUGUGUACUGUAUAUACAGUUUAUAAAUGUUAUUUCUGCAGACACCUUCUUACUAUAUAAGUUUGAUCACACUGUUUUAGAGUCCUAAUGCCAAGUCAACAGAUUUGCUUUUGAAUUACUGGCAACUGGAACUAGCCUCACUUAGGAAAUCUGUAACAGUGUUCAAUCUAAAUACUUCUUCUUCUGUAGCAGAAAGCUUAUACUUAUUGUAAAUACGGAUGAGUGCUUGAGAUAAAGGGUGUAACUCUUUUACCUUAUGCUGUCCUUGCAAACCCAAUUUUGCAUUUCAAGGUUAUGGUAAAGAUAAUGACUUACCACUAUAAAUUAUUCUUCUCUGUUCAGGUCACAAGAUUGCAAUGGGCACAGCUUAAUUUUUGUUCUACUGUCAGUAUACUAGAGCACACAUGUUGGAGGUGUGUAUGUGAGUGGUGGGUGGUGGAUGGGCGUACGUGUGCGUGUGCACAUUAGGCAGCGAAGUGUGAGAAUCUACUGAAGAAAACAAAGGUUACUCAACAGCCCAAAAAGUCUGCUUCUUCAUUCUGUCUGUUAAUUUAAAAAUCCAAAUUGCAGUCAGGGAAUAUGAGGGAGUUUACUGACCCAAGUAACUGGGAAAGUAGAAAUCUGCUGGCUCUUUGUUGAGACUUCGGGAGAGCAAAAACAGGCAAAUGUUACUGUGAGUUUCACUGGAAAUGUAAAAUCUUUGUUCUAGAGUAUUUGUUUUAGCAAGAAAAGUUUACACAGCUUGUGGAGAGAUAUUUUGUUGGAAAAUAAAUUUUUGUAGCUUCUC